AUGAUAUACCUACCAAACAUCGAAUCGCUUUCCUCAAAGCAAGGGAACUCCAAGAGACGCUUCUCUGGAUCCCGCUCUAGUAUGGAAGGAGUCCGCCCCAUGCUCGAAUCCUUCCGCUCAUCAAAAUCAACACUCAAGGCCAGUAUUGAGGUCAGUCCAGAGAUAAAAAUGACAAUUGAGUCACCGCCCCUCGUCUGCUACGGGACACCAAAAGAGUCGACCGGUGCGCUCUUGUCUGGCCUCGUCCACCUGGACGUCAAGGAGACGCAAACAUUCGAGAGCUUUACCAUGUCCUUUAAGGCCGAAGUCCUUACACGACGACCAGUGAGCACGCAUUGUCGGGAUUGCGCCGUCAACAUCAGCGAACUUCACAAAUGGACGCUCAUCGCCGAGCCCGUAGUCCUCAAGAAGGGUAUCCACACCUACCCCUUCAGCUACCUCGUCCCCGGCCACUUGCCCGCAACAAAUAACAACACCCUCAGCAAGAUCACAUACAGCAUCUCCGCCCUGGCCAUGAGCGUCAAGGGCGACGAGAUCAAAUUCAAGCAACCCAUCACCAUCCAGCGCGCCAUCCUGCCCGGCCUCGACCGCCACUCCAUCCGCGUCUUCCCCCCCACCAACCUCUGCGCCUCCGUCAAGCUCCCGCCCGUCGUCCACCCCGGCGGCGACUUCCCGCUCGAGAUCCGCCUGGACGGCGUCGUGCCAAAGAAGAAGCAGACCCGCUGGCGGCUGCGCAAGAUCUCGUGGCGCAUCGACGAGAACUGCCGCGUGGUGUCGCCGGCGUGCAAGUCCCACAGCAACAAGCUCGGCGGCGACGGCAAGGGCCUGCUGCACGACGACUCGAGGAUAAUUGGGUCGGGCGAGCUCAAGUCGGGUUGGAAAUCGGACUUUGAGGCGGCCGGGGGGAAGAUUGAGAUGCAGUUUAUGGCGGGGAUUCCGGCGCAUGCGGAGGCGGCCUUAUCGUUGCGGAAGAACACUGUCCUACAACUCAAAACCCGCCUGAUAACACCCACCGGCGCAGCGCGUGUCCUUCGGAUGCAGUUCCGCCUCGCCGUCUCUGACCGCGGCGGCCUCGGUAUCUCAUGGGACGAGGAGACCCCCCCAAUGUACGAGAACGUCCCCGAAGCCCCACCGCAUUACACCGGCAUCCAGUGCGGAGAUAUAUCGGAAUUCCUACCACCGGAUUAUGCGCAUAGCUGCUGA